AAUUAUCAGCCGAACCCAAUUGCUUCAUUGGUUGGCUCAGUCAAGCCUGGUCCGCUGCCCAGUGGUGUGGGCUAAGUUAGAACCAAGAGGUUCUCAAGAUUUCGGUAUGUGGUUUAUAAAACUUGACGAUCAAAAAAGUUGAUAUUCGAUACAGCAUCGUCGAGCGGAGAGCGUGGGGAGUUGAAGUUGGAAGGAAAGAUGGGAGUGACGAAGGAGGAGGUUGAAGCUACCUUGACUUCAAAAUUGAAGCCUUCUCACAUCGAAGUAACUGAUACAUCUGGAGGUUGUGGUGCAAGCUUCGAGAUCGAGAUUGUGUCAGAACAGUUUGAAGGGAAGAGGUUACUGGAAAGGCAUCGGAUGGUGAAUACUGCAUUGGCCGAGGAGAUGAAAAACAUCCAUGCACUCUCAAUAAAGAAAUCUCUUACUCCUGCACAGUGGAAACAGCAACAAGAGGCAGAGUCGAACAAUACUGAACCGGCAUAGUGGCGUUCUAAAAUAUUUCAUAGUUUGGGAGGAUGAUAUCUAAAGUGCAUGGUGUUCUUCAGCUAAUUACAAACUUCUGUUAGAAGUUUUAACAUCUAUACAUAACUUCUGUAUUAAAUAAUUCAGCUUUCCUAACUACUGCUCUUGACUUUUUGUUUUUUUUGUUCAACUGGUGGAUUAUUGUUGUGUUUUACCAUUUCAUGUGGACCAGAUGGCCCAUAAACCAGUUUUGCUCAGAGCUGAUGGUAUUUUGUUGGUGUAACAUGAGCACUGUGAGGAUCUCUCAGUGGGUUUGGUGAA